CAACUAACCUGUCUUUACCCCCACGAUCGACAGACCUUCCAAGGCGCAGAAGCAACAUAGGAAGAAGUCGGUCCUCGCGAACGACAGAAUCACUCCUCUCGAAUAUGGCGGAGGUUGAAGAUGACGACACUUCAUCCAAUCACAUAAACUCUCUCUCUCUCUCUCUGAGCAAAUCCUCCAAAAAAAAAGUUUUCUUUUGAGGAUUACUCGAGCAUUAAGCGGAGAAACUUUGAAGUUGAAGCCUCUCUCUCGUUUCUGCAAGAAGAGCGAUGAUUAAUUCACUCUGUGGCAGCAGGGGAUCUCUCAAGGCCCAGAGCUCAUGCACGCAGAUUCAGCCGAGUCUCCCGAACGACUCGACCUCACAGUCAAGUGGCACUCUCCCAUGUCCUGAUAGUAUGGACAAGAGCAAGGACGCCACGACCGCGCCCAGCCUAGAGUACGCAUCGCCGAGGUUCGACAUGGUUGACAAUCCCAUGACCGACUCGCCCACAACGGCGCUGCUGGCGUCCCUCCUUUCCUCGGGCCAAAUGGACGGGCCGGACUUCAUGAUCUGCUCGCCAGUGGGGAACCUGCUGUCUCCGGAGAGCACCUCGGCUUACAAUUACAACCAUGCGCAGGCGAUGCAGGGGCAAUCGGUUUCGGGUUGCUCUCCGCCUCGGUUUGCUUCUCAGCUGGGGUGUUCUUUCAGCGGCGCUCACAAAGAGAGGGGGCUCAGUCCUCUUCAGAGAGUCCUCAAUUCUGCACGCCGCAGGGAUCAGGUCAUCGCGCAGUCUGACUGCAUUUCUCUGGACUUCUUGGAGGACUACAGUGUUAAAGAUGAAUUCGGAGGGUAUCCGGUGCCAGGGCCGGUGUCCGGGUUUGGAACCGAGGAGUGUUUCGAUGUCCUGACAACUACCACGGCUUCGUUGGAAAUGCCGCAUGCUUCGAGGUUCCAUGCAGGACCGGCCAAGGAAGUCAUCGGAGAGGACUACAAAAACGAGACUUGCCAGGAGAUCGGUGACUUAUGCGAUGCGAAGCCCCUCAAAUUGGUGACAACUCUAUCGGAGCAACUGCGGCGAGAAGAUUGCCAGGAAGAGCAACAGCAAAGCAGCUUCGUUGUGCCUAUUCCUACAAAUUGUGAGCAGGAGCAAGACAGUGGCCUCCAACUAGUGCACCUCCUCCUCACCUGCGCCAAAGCCGUCUCCAAGGGAGACUACUUGCUGGCCAGGAAGUACCUCGACCACCUAUACCGCGUAGUCACCCCGAUCGGCGACUCCAUGCAACGCGUCGCAUCUUUCUUCACCGAAGCCCUCAACGAGAGGCUCGCCUCUGGAGCCACUGCUACCAAAUCCUCGAAACCAUCAAGACUUCCCUCUCCUGUCCCGCCAAACUCCUUGGAGAUCCACAAGAUCUACCAGAUCCUCUGCCAAGCCUGCCCCUACGUGAAGUUCGCCCACUUCGCCGCAAACCAAGCCAUCUUCGAGGCCUUUGCAGAUGAGGAUCGCCUGCAUGUGAUCGAUCUCGACAUCUUACAAGGAUAUCAGUGGCCGUCCUUCAUGCAGGCUCUUGCUGCGAGACCAGGUGGCCCUCCGUUUCUGAGGAUAACAGGAGUCGGGCCAUGCAUUGAGAUGGUGAGCGAAACGGGCCGGUGCUUGGUGGAACUGGCGCAAUCCCUACAUCUCCCGUUUGAGUUUCAUCCGGUCGGCGAGCAACUCGAAGCGCUCGAACAGUCUUUGCUGCAUAGAAGGGUCGGCGAAGCGCUCGCAGUUAACUCGGUGAAUUGCCUCCACCGUGUUCCAGGUACAAUAUUGCUAAUUUGUUUCGGUCACUCUCUGGUCCAUCUUUCCAACCAAUAUCGGAUCAUUCGCGGAAAACAUAUCUGCAAAUUUACGAGUAAAAUCAGUAUUUCUUUGCAUAGUAAACUAUGUGAUAAAAUCAACUCUCAUAACUUUAUACAUUUGAUCCUCGUCGCUUCAUAUGAAACCGAUUCAUCACAAACAGGUAUUUGCCUGGGGAGCUUACUGACAAUGAUACGGGACCAAGCACCGAGCAUAGUGGCACUAGUAGAGCAAGAAGCAAGCCACAACGGGCCCUACUUCCUCAGCCGCUUCCUUGAGGCGCUGCACUAUUACUCCGCGAUCUUUGACUCGCUCGAAGCAACAUUCCCGCCGAACUCGGUGCACAGGGCGAAGGUGGAGCAGUUCAUGUUCGCGCCGGAGAUAAGGAACAUAGUGGCAUGCGAAGGGCCAGAGAGGACGGAGAGACACGAGAGGCUGGAGAAGUGGAGGAAGGUUAUGGAAGGGACAGGGUUCACCAGAGUUCCGCUCAGUGAGAAUGCCGUGGCUCAGUCGAAGAUAUUGAUGGACCUGUAUUCAUGUCACGGGUAGAGUCUGAGGGAGGACAUGGGUUGCUUGCUCUUGGGUUGGCAAGACAGAGCCAUUGUGGCCGCAUCUGCAUGGCGAUGCUUAUAAAAUCUCCGACUCUGUAGGAACUCGCCUAUUGCGAGUGUUCCAACAUUUGGCCAAUGAAUUGAUCUAUGAAUAAG